AUGUCGCAGAAGACUCUGCGCGCUGGUCCAUUGUCCGACGAUGCGACUCACUCCUCCUCUGAUGACCGAAGUCUGAUUGAUGAUUUGACUCCUGGGAAUCGUCAAUCGGCUCGUCGGCCGCCGCUGCGCGCGCGGCCACAGUCAUGGCAUCCAUACGGACCGGUUGAACCACCGUUGGAAGAUUCUUUGGCGCGGUCCAUCGGUGUUCAUGCUAUCCUGAACCCUCCUACACAAGGAACGGCCGAUCUGGGGAGCAGUACAGGCCGUGAGAAGUUGGGUCGACCAGGACUACCAUCUUCGCCCAGACCUCGACAGGGUUCUUCUCCUGCACCUCGUUCGUCGUAUCCGCUUGUACAACAGCCAUUGUCUCCGAGAUCUCUUCCACGCUCUCUAAUGAACCCGGGUUCACCUUCCGCACGAUUUGUUGGCUCCAGUGGGAGGACAUCCGGCCAUUCGAGCGUCGCUCACUCCCCGCUGGUUCCUCAUGAACCGCUGGGACCGCGCCAACCUCCUGUUAGCUCACCUCUACCGCUGGAUGCUACACUCCGACCUAUUUCAUCACUACCAGGCACGCAGCCUCCAAUAUCCGCAUCGCUACACUCCACAUCAAGCAUCCACUCAAGGCGCACCAGCGUCGGUCCCGGGCUACUGACGAAUCCCAAUUCGCAGGAAACAAGCCCGUCUACACCGCACCCCACAUUUAGUCACUACGGUCGUGGAUCACCAGCCGUUACAAAUGUGUCUAUUCCACCCAGCGCGGUACCUUACCCAACGCCAGCGCCCUACAUGACUGUCGAAUCCCUGAGCCGGGGUGUUCCAGCCACGGCGGGCCCACGCAGUAGCCUUGCUGAGGAGUUGUCCGGGGCUCAGGGCAUGAUACCAUGCGUGCUAGACCUGAAAUCUGGUUCCUCGACACAAGCGGAGAAGCGCAAGGCCAACAGCGAUGCCUCGAGGCGUUUCCGCAACCGUAAGCGCAACGAGAUGCAGCUCGAGCAGCGACUCAGUGCGCAGCAGGAGGAAAUCCAGCGCCACACGGAGACUAUUCGGCGCCAGAGCGAGGAGAUUCAUUUCCUCGCCUUGCAGAGAGAUCAUUAUCGCUCUGAGCGAAAUUUCUUCCGUGAUACGCUUGAUCGGUCGGGGAAUGCUAUAUAUUCGUCGCCGAGGCCUCCUUCUCCACGCCCUUCGCAGUCCAGCCUGGUCCCGGUGUUGGACACGCCUACUUCUGGGACUGGACAAACGGCAGGCCAGGGUCAGUCCUCAUCUAGCCGGGUGCUGGAUUCCACGAGGUCACAGGCUAGUUGGUCUGGCACUGGCAGUCCGGCGUCAUACUCGCCUGGCCCUUCGGCUGGCCGGAGUCUUCCACCACACUCGGGAUCGCAGUCGGUGACUGGUGUAACUCUCCCACCGUUUCAGGGACCCUGGUCACGAUCAUGA